AAAGACUCUUAGAAUUGUCCGACGUCACCAUAUUUCAGAAUUGUUCCACAAUUCACGUUUCCACCAUCAAAGAGGAAAAGAUUGUACUUUAGCCACUCUUUGUUAUGCCAAUGAGCCUUGGCUUUUCUUUACGGUUACUGGCCAAUGAACCUUCUAAGAGUUGGCUAUUGUGUCGCCAAGAGCCUGUAGUUCCUUCUUCUGUCUUUCAGAACUCAGCUAAAGUCCGACAUUCGAUGAUAUACGGGUCCAAGCUUCGUAUACUAGACUUGCUGGUUCGUCCAGUUGGCGUUGUUAACGGAAUAUUGCUUGGAUAUUCAGUUGGAAACUACCACGCGGUUUUUAGUAAGCAAUUUUUUCCAAUAGACGUCCCACAUUGUCGAAGGUUUGCACUAAACCUCAAUUCAGGUGAAUUUAUGGAAGUCCAUUGGUAUCCAGCGGCCAAUCAGUGUCUAAUAUAUUGGAUGCACUUGUCCAGUAGUAGCGAACGUUCGCGGCACUUUGUAUUAUACGAAUUACCUCCUCCAGGAAGGCUACCAACCAAGCUUUUAAAAUGUGUGGAACUUUUUAUUCAACGUGAAUAUUCCGCAUAUGAUGACGAUUCCAAAAAGCAACAAGACGGGAUAAAUGGAGAAUGCAAUAAAGAUCACCUCACAGAAGAACAGGAGAGACCAUUCGCUUUUAAGGGAAAUAAAGAUUCUUUGAAGCGGAUGGUCGGUAUUUUUCGAGGUACUGGACGCAGAACUACUUAUGACCCUGUACAUCGAAACGUCACAGAAGACUUUACUUUUCCAUACUCACAAAUCACUUACUUUAUACAGGAAGCCAAUGAGAGUAUAGACGCAGAACGUCAAGGAGCAGUGGAGCCUCCGUUGUUUUCACUAACGAUACCCGUAGUUUCCACUAGUGUGGUCACUGGUAUAGUUGACGAGUUUUUGAGACAAGAAGAUUUACAUCUUCAGGUAGCAGAGGGAGAUACUACUUUGAAUUCUUUAAGAGAGCGUAUUUCUCGAGAGAGACGAUGGCGACAAAGACUUUGCCGAAAGUUCAAAAGGAGUAGAACCUCCUCGCAUUCAACAGAUGACUCUCUCGUGAUUCCUGUUGCUUCGCACAAGGCUGCUUUUCAUUUAGGUCUUUCUAUAUCGAGUCACUUCUUUUCAGAGAAUGAUUCUUGUUGGACGUCAUUGAUAGAUGAUGGUGAGUUAGGAGACCGUAUUCGUUCUUUGCAGACUUUAUCUUCUGGCUUGUGGAUGUUUACUCGUGCUGGCGAGACCAUUUUUAUUCCUUGUUCGAAUCAAGUCAAACGCAUUACGGAAGAGUUUGGUCCUCAUCAUCGAAACAACAAACGAAAGGUUUCUCGCAUUGGAAACGGUGAAGUUACAGAAAGUACUAUUCCCAAUAAUGCGACAGCCAUGGGUAGUUCUUUAUCUGCUGCCAGCGAGGAGUCUGGAAAUCAACAACAUGGAACGUCAUCAACUUCUGAUGAACAAGAUAGCCGUCGUGCACUAUUAGAUAAGAUAAAUGUAUUGGAAUAUCAGAAUUCCUUACUUGUUCAACGAGUUCAACAAUUGGAACGUGAAAGGGAGUCAAAGUCCAAGUUGAAUUUUUCACCUGUUAUAAAGUCUCCUCAUGUUGAACCCAAAGAGUCUACAAAAGUGGCGACACCUUUUGAUUAUCAUGAAGAGUUGAACCGUAUUCUUCUGAAUAUAGACACAGAAGUACACAAUCAAUGGGAGUGGGUUGGUUCUAAUAUGGAUGAGCAGGAUUUUUUCUUUUGACGAUAGGCAUACUCUAAAAGGAGAGUAGGAUAGAAUGGGUUGUAAUCCAUCCGUUGGAUUUCUUUUGUAUAUAUGUAGAUGUAGAUAUCUAUAAAUGUAUUACAUUUGUAUGAGAGAAGAGAUCGUAUUUGUUGACGUGG